GGCUGGAUUUAAUAAGAUGUGCUACAAAAGGAGCCCAUGAUAUGACAUAUCUUGGCAGAAAGAAAAAGAGUGGAAACUGGCUAGCAAUGUUCAUCUCUUGUCUUCUCUUUUUCCUUUCUGCUCUUCACGGUGCUGUUUCACUUGUGGAUACAAGCAAAUUUCUAAUAUAUAAUGAAGACCAUAAGGUCUGUGUAUAUGUUCAGAGUGCCACCUAUGUCACAACGGCUGCUUGCAAUUAUGAAACUGAGGCACAAAAAUUCAGGUGGAUUUCCAGAUACCAGUUGAUGAGUAUUUCCAAGAAAUUAUGUUUGGGAGUAUCUUCAAAAAUUGACUGGACACCAGUUGAGCUGUACCCAUGCGACACAACAAGUAGCCUUCAGAAAUGGGAGUGCAAAAAUGACACACUUUUUGCUAUCCAUAAUGCAAGCCUGCAUUUCAACUAUGGCAACAAAAAUGAAAAAAGAAUUAUGUUGUACAAAGGAUCAGGCACAUGGAGUAGAUGGAAAGUCCACGGAACUAAAGAUGAUUUAUGCUCCCGGGGCUAUGAAGACUUAUUUACCUUAAAGGGCAACAGCAAUGGGGCUCCUUGUGUAUUUCCUUUCCAGUAUGCUACCAAGUGGUAUGCAGAAUGUACAAUUGAAGGAAGGAAUGAUGGUUUGCUGUGGUGUUCAACUACAAGAGAUUAUAACAAAGAGAAGAAAUAUGGAUUCUGUCCUACGAAUUGUAAGGAUUUUUCAAGAGAAAAGUGUUAA